AUGUUCACACCAGUGCACACCUCUCUGGGCGCCCUGCUCCUCUUCCAGGGCUCCUCGGGCCUCCUCGUGCACAACGGAGCCGUCUUCGGCAUCUCGUCCCUGAUAUCUAGCUCCGUCUUCAAUCCCGGCAGGGAGAACGUCCCCAUCGUUGCCGGACUGGUCUCGAGCAUCUUGCCAGUAUACCUACUGGCCCCGAGUUUGCUUCCAAAUUACCCUGCCGCACCCGAUUCAUUGGCGUCGGCGGCCGCAACGGCGGGCGUGGGAUUCCUUCUAGGCUGGGGCACCAAGAAUGGCCGAGGAUGUACCUCUGGCCAUAUGCUGUGCGGUUUAUCCCGUCUAUCGCCGCGCUCACUAAUCGCGACAACCAUCUUCUUCACCACGGCCCUAAUCACCGCUAAUAUCGGGUCACUCAUUCCUUCAUGCGGCUCGACACCAUGCUACACACCCGUGUAUCCCUCCUCGACAGAAACAAUCUUCAUCGCCGGCUCGGUGCUGUUGUCUGCUAUCACGAACUUCAUCAUCGUACCACAACUCCCCCGAUCCAAGCAGUCACGAACAGUCUAUUCCUUUCUUGCAGGGCUCCAAUUCGGUCUCGGUCUGUUAAUUUCGGGCAUGGCGGACUCCGCAAAAGUCCUGCAAUUCUUCGCUUUCCCCACGGAUUUAUCUCGAUUCGACCCCUCACUGGCAUUGGUCAUUGUCUUUGGUAUCGGUCCCUCGUUGUUGACCUACCUGUCUCGGCAGCCGGGACAAGUGCCAGAGAAAGAUAAGCUGGCGACGAAGCCGACUCUCGCGGAGCGUUGGCGAGUUCCUACUGCGACGGUGGCUGAUAUCGAUUGGCGGUUUGUUGCUGGUGCGCUGGCUUUCGGCGUUGCCUGGGGCUUGCGAGGUGUCUGUCCUGGGCCUGCUCUGUUGCGAGCUGUUUGCCAGCCUACCUGGGGACUGAUCACUAUGAGUGGAUAUUUGCUUGGGAAUCUUUUCUAG